UCAUUUGUUUGAGCAUGCGCAGAGACGUUACACCAUCUUUGUCCGGUUGGCUCGAACGCUUGACCGCACAGACUGUAACGUCGUUUGGAUUUUCCGAUGGAGGCUCAUCUCCGCUGUGUCCAGACACGCUAACCUCCGAGGAAAGUAGCAGGUUGCUCAUCACUGUGAAAUAAGAGGAACAUGGCGUUGGCACCAGUGCUGAGCUGUCCAACAGUCCCACUUUCCAAUGGUUUGCAGAUCCCAAUGUUUGGAUUAGGCACAUCUCAUGAUGGCGGAUACUCCCAUGAUGCUAUUGUGUAUGCACUCACUGAGUGUGGCGUUCGCCACAUCGACACAGCAAAACACUAUGGCUGCGAGGAGAGACUGGGUAAAGCUAUUCGAGAAAGUGGGCUGGCAAGAAGUGAUCUGUGGCUCACCAAUAAACUGUGGCCAGAGGACUACGGAUACAAAGCUGCAAAGAAGGCCUGCCUUGACUCCUGCUCACGGAUGGGGGUGGAAUGUUUUGAUCUGUACCUGAUGCACUGGCCAGAGUCAUUGAAACCUGGACGCUCUAACAGGGAGACGAGAGCUGAGACCUGGAGAGCUCUGGAAGAACUUUACAAAGAAGGGGUGUGCCGUGCGAUCGGAGUGAGCAACUUUAUGGUUCACCACCUGGAGCAGCUAAAGGAAGACUGUAGUCAGAUGCCACAUAUUAACCAGAGAAGAUUCACAACUCUCCUGUGUGGUAUACAUGACAUGACCCACCAGGUGGAGUACCAUCCUUUCCAGCAGCCCAAUCACCUGAUGGAGUACUGUCGUCAGGAAGGGAUUGUGUUUGAAGGGUACAGUCCACUGGCCAAGGGUCAAGUCCUCAGCGAUCCCACUGUCCUCCGGAUAGCAGAAAAGCACAGACGCACACCUGCUCAGAUCUGCAUCCGCUGGAGUAUUCAGAAUGGAGUCGUCACAAUACCGAAAUCCAUCAAAAGGAAGAGGAUACAAGAAAACUGUCAAGUGUUCGGUUUCCAGCUGGAGGAGGGGGACAUGGCCGCAUUGGGAAGACUGCAUGAUGGAAGACACGUAACUUGGGAUCCAACAAAUGUGGAGUAAAACAGAAUGUGGGAAAAUAAGUGUUCCUCCUGGAACUCAGUAACAGUUGGCUGAAAAUCUAACUUUUAUAUUGAAAUAAAAUUCUAAUUAGGUGUUUGUUCAA